CAGAGCGGCUUGCUUUCCAUCUGGAUCAACUUCCAAUAACUACCCAAUAAUUCGCCCAACAGCCACAACUCAUCAAGCUCGGACUCGGCUUUGAUCAAGUCCCUUAGCGAGGUCUCGAUUGUUCUGUGCCUCGUCGUGUCUCCCACCCCUUACCCUCAAGCUUUUCUGCUUGCAUAUCAUACAUUCAGAGCUACCUCCUUGAAGAGCCAGAACAACCAAGAGCUUUCCCUUUCCCAUCAACGCCUGAAACCCUACGUGUCCGCCAUGGCCGACGAGAUCGCCCCGGAGUACGAUGUCAUUGUGCUGGGUACAGGAUUGACUGAGUGCAUCCUUUCGGGCGUGCUGAGCGUGAAGGGGAGGAAGGUUCUCCACAUCGACCGUAACGAUCACUAUGGCGGUGAAGCAGCAUCGGUCAAUCUCGAAGCGCUCUUCAAGAAGUAUGGCAACUAUGCAAAGGGCACCGAGCCCUGGAAGCAGUAUGGCCGCCUGAACGACUGGAACAUCGAUCUGGUACCCAAGUUCCUCAUGUCGUCGGGCGAGCUCACAAACAUUCUCGUCUCAACCGAUGUAACGCGCUAUCUCGAGUUCAAGCAGGUGGCGGGCAGCUACGUCCAACAGGGCUCCGGGCCCAAGGCCACCGUUGCCAAGGUGCCCUCGGAUGCCGGUGAGGCCCUCAAGUCCCCCCUGAUGGGCAUCUUUGAGAAGCGCCGCAUGAAGAGCUUCAUUGAGUGGGUCGGCGAGUUCAAGCUGAACGACCCAUCAACACACAAGGGCUUGGAUAUGAGCACCUGCACCAUGAGGGAAGUCUACGACAAGUUCGGGCUCGAAGCCUCUACCAAGGACUUUGCAGGCCACGCCAUGGCGCUCUACCAGAGUGAUGACUACAUGGACGUCAAGGGUGGGGCUCCCGAGGCUAUUGAACGCCUCCGGCUGUACGGUAACAGUGUGGCCCGCUACGGCAAGUCGCCCUACAUCUACCCUUUGUACGGUCUAGGCGAGCUCCCCCAGGGCUUCGCCCGCUUGAGCGCCAUCUACGGUGGCACCUACAUGCUCAACACCAGCGUUGAUGAGAUCCUCUAUGAGGGAGGCAAGGCUGUGGGCAUCAAGGCCACGAUGACCGGUGUCGAGCCCGAGAUGAAAUUCGAGACGCGGGCAAAGAUGAUCCUCGGAGAUCCCAGCUACUUCCCCAGCAAGGUCAAGGUCGUCGGCCACGUGCUGCGUGCCAUCUGCAUCCUCAAGCACCCGCUUGCCAACACCAACGACAGCGACUCGUGCCAGCUCAUUAUCCCCCAGUCCCAAGUCGGUCGGAAGAACGACAUCUACAUCGCUUGCGUCUCGUCCGCACACAACGUUUGCCCCAAGGGCUACUGGAUCGCCAUUGUGUCCACCAUUGCCGAGACCUCGGCGAACCACCACCUCGAACUGGCGCCGGGUAUCGAGCGCCUUGGCAGGAUCGAGGAGCAAUUCAUGGGCCCUCCAAUCCCCUUGUACGAGCCCAUCGAGGACGGCACCAAGGACAACAUCUUCAUUUCCAAGAGCUACGACGCCAGCAGCCAUUUCGAGACCACCACGGACGACGUCAGGGACAUUUAUCGCCGUCUUGCCGGCGAGGAGCUGGUGGUGGAGGGUCUGAGGGAGGGUAUCCAGAUGACUGCCGAGUAGAGUAGCGUCAGGGAGAGGAGGUGCAGAGAGAAUGUUGGCGAAGGGAAGAAGGGGUGCUAGAUCUAAACUAGGUAUAAUAAGGCAAGCCAAUGAAUUGUAGCGAACUUGACCCUUUGACUUAUCUGGGUGUCCUCGGCCGGUGCGGAUUCUCUGUACUUAUGGGUGCCGUGUUCCUGCCUCAUCUUUCAGAGACAACGCGACUGCUUUCUGUGAGUAACUUCGUGAGGCUGAGGCGGUAGGAAAGAGCAGCUCUGAGAAUAAAAGGGGCGAUCGGGCAGAACUAUGCGUCGUCCGCCCUUUGCACCCGGUCUCAAC